AUGAUCGACUCGCAGCGCACCGAGAUCCGGUGCCAGCUCUGCGGCGUCAGCGGCAACGUCGGCCGCGUGCGGCUCGCCACCGAACCCCCCGAGGCCGCCUCGCGACGCUUGUGCCAGGGCAGACCCGUCCUCAACGAAUCCGGCUGCAUCGGGUGCUUCGUUGUCACCGACGACGGCGCCGAGGACGCGCUGGACGCCGCCGACACCAGCUUUGUCCCCGAGGACCUCGAAGACAUGAAAGCCGCCAAUGAAGUCCUGUUCAGCGACCAGUCAGACGACGACAUGUCAAGCGACGACGACGCUGAGGUGGAGGAGGAGGAGGAGGAGGAUGAUGACGCCUCCUUCGUUCACGUCGGCGAUGACAGCGUGAUGGAAAUGGAGACGGAGACGGGCGCCACCACUACCACCUCCCACGCCCAGUUCCCCCUCGGCUCACCUUCGGACAUCUGCAACAUCAUCGUGCCCUUUGACAAAGCUUACCGGAAGCGCGACCGCACCUGGCGCACCCGAGAGCACGUCGCCGGGCCCAACUGCCGUCUGCGGAACGCCUACGCCGGCCGCAACAUCACCGCCGACGAGCUCCGUGGCUGCAACACCAUGCAGCUGCUCUGCCCCAAGCCCGCCGACUGGACCCCCGAGCCCGCCGACGACGGCGACGACCUGGACGGAACCUGCCCCAGCUUCCUCUCCGGCCUGCGCGACCACCUCCACCCCAACUCCACCGUCACCCCCGUCUUCGUCCCCAUGCGCCACGGGCGGGAGACGUUUGCCGUAUACAACCGACCUGGCGCGCGGGAAACAGACGGCUCAGCCAUGCCGCUUCACCCGGCCUGCUUCGAGGUGUUCAAGCGCGCGUCGCUCAAGCGCUCCGGCGCGGUGGACGUGCACGGCCUGGCCGGCUGGUACUCCCAGGCGGGCAGGUCCAAGGGCCACUUCGCAGACGAGGGCUUCCCGCAGGGGGACGCGGUGCGGCGCGCGCUGCCCAGCAGCGGCCAGUGGGACCACGUCGAGGGCGACGAGUGGAUCGCCGCGAACCCGUGCUUCGUGCCCGCCCUCCGCCAGGCGCUCGCCGCUACAGCUACCCCCGGCGUUGUCGUCGACGGCAUCGCCGACAUGACCCUCUCCUCCGCCGCUGCCACCGACCAUCCGCAGUCCUUUCACCUCGACCGCAUCCGCGAGGAGAUGCCCUGGAUCUGGGAGUCCUGGUGCUACCGGCCGUACUCGGGCUGGUCCGCCGUGACGCAGUCCGACAUCUGCGCGGACCCGCUCGCCGCGAGCUACCAGCGCGAGUAUCUGCGAAACUCGCUCGCCGUCGCGCGUCAGGCCAGCGAGGGCCGCGAGCAGCUCUCCGAGGAGAUGCGGGCGGAGCUGUGGCGCCUCGAGGAGGCGCUCGAGGCGUUCGAGGCGGAGAACCGCUUCGUCCCGGUCCCGAUCCCCGCGACGCUGCUCCCGCAGCACGGAACGGACUGGAGGAAGCUCUACGCCGCGCUUCAAGGACUGCGCGAAACUUCCAAGGGUCUGCGCAACAGGGAGCGGGUUUGGCGCUGCUGCAACUACAUCUUGGAUCGCAUCGCGGAGCAGCGGGAAAAUGGCAAGAUUGUCGCCUACAGCAGUUCAGGGGCUUUGAGCGAGAGCCAUAGCAAGAAAGGCCUGACUGGAACCUCCACUUAUCAUGUGAGAGGCCUGGACCUGGCAGAUGACUAUUCUGAGGGCGAGGCUGAGUUCUCGGAUAACUAUUCGGACAGUGACGCUGAGCUAUCAGACAAAGCUGAUGAUGUCGAGAUGGACGCUUCGCAAUAG